UCUUCUUUUUCAGUUCUUCUUAUCAAUCAUCGUUCGCCAUUGUUGCAUCGGUGGUAGUGACUAAACCCUAAACCCCCUUCCUUCCUUUUCUCUCUCCUGAUUUUCUUUCUUCAAAGUUAAAGAUGCCGAAGAGAAGCAAGAAGAGUAAGAGUAAGAGAGUUUCAUUGAAGAACAAGUAUAAGGUUAUAAGGAAGGUAAAAGAGCACCAUAAGAAGAAGGCUAAAGAUGCUAAGAAACUUGGAUUGAAUCGCAAGUCUAAGGUGGAGAAGGACCCUGGAAUUCCUAAUGACUGGCCUUUUAAGGAACAAGAGCUUAAGGCUCUUGAGGCUCGUCGAGCUAAAGCCAUUGAGGAAUUGGAGCAGAAGAAAGCAGCCCGUAAAGAGAGGGCUAAAAAGAGGAAAUUGGGUUUGCUUGAUGAUGCUGACAUCUCAGAAACUGCAUCUGCCAAAGAAGUAAAGGAUACUGAUGCUACCGCUGGAGCUGGAAAAGUUCGUGUUAACUCGGAAAGAUAUUUCUAUAAAGAGCUCGUCAAAGUUAUUGAAGCAUCCGACGUUAUUUUGGAAGUACUAGAUGCAAGAGAUCCAAUUGGUACCCGAUGUGUUGAUAUGGAGAAAAUGGUGAUGAAGUCUGGCUCUGAUAAACGUCUAGUAUUACUUCUUAACAAAAUAGACCUUGUACCAAGGGAGUCUGUUGAAAAAUGGCUGACGUAUCUUAGAGAGGAAUUACCAGCAGUGGCUUUCAAGUGCAGUACACAAGAACAGAAGUCAAACUUAGGUUGGAAAUCUGCCUCAAAAGCGGCGAAAUCAAGCAAUAUCUUGCAGACUAGUGACUGCCUUGGGGCUGAAACUCUACUUAAAUUGCUGAAAAACUACUCGAGGAGCCAUGAGAUCAAGAAGUCUAUCACAGUGGGUAUAAUUGGUCUCCCUAAUGUUGGAAAAAGCAGCUUGAUUAAUAGUUUAAAGAGGUGUCAGGUAGUAAAUGUUGGUGCCACUCCAGGUCUCACAAAAUCAAUGCAAGAAGUUCACCUUGAUAAGAAUAUCUGGUUACUUGAUUGUCCUGGUGUUGUAAUGCUUAGAGCUGCGGCCAGCGAGGCAUCUGUUGCUCUUCGAAAUUGCAAAAAGAUUGAGAAAUUGGAAGAUCCUAUUGGCCCUGUUAAUGAAAUUCUCAAGCUUUGUCCAACUAGAGUCUUGGUAACUCUGUACAAAAUCCCAAGCUUCGAGUCAGUGGACGACUUUCUGCAGAAAGUGGCCACUGUUAGGGGAAAACUGAAAAAAGGUGGAGUCGUUGAUAUCGAAGCUGCUGCCAGGAUUGUCCUCCAUGAUUGGAAUGAAGGUAAAAUCCCUUACUACACAAUGCCUCCUGUUCGAAACCAAGAUCAACCGUCAGAAGCAAAGAUCGUUACUGAGCUCGGAAAGGAGUUCAAUGUGGACGAGGUCUACAAUACCGAGUCCUCGUUUAUCGGUAGCCUAAAGUCUGUAAACGAUAUAAACCUUGUGGAAGUUCCUCCCAGCUGCCCUCUAAAUUUCGACGAGCAACUGUUGGAGGGUGAUGUUGAUGACACACAGACCAAGUCCGACAUAUUGGUUGUGUCAGACCAUGGGGAUGAUGAAAUAAUGGUGGAAGCGGAAGAUGCUGUGGAUAACAAGAAGGCUAAAACUGAUGAAGGAAUGCUUAAUAAGAAGAAGAAAAUAGAGAAGAAAAUAAAGAAAAAGGUGAGUCAGUCAAGUUCUGCAGCCGAAGAUGAAGAUAUGAAUGGUGAUUAUAACUUCAAAGUUGACUAUUUCAAGAGAGACGAUAAUGAUAUGGAAGACAGUGAAGAACACAGUAAAACUGAUGGUGAUCAUGAUGAUAAUGCUUCUGGAGCUGCUGAUGAACUUGAUGAGAAGUAGUAAGGUUAAUUUAUAAUCCUAAAUGAAGAAAAGAAGAGAGAAAAGUUUUGUUUGUUUUCAAUUUAUUAUGAUGAUUUUUCCAUUUGCUUACUCAAAACUGCUUAAUACUUGUUUAAUUAUAAUUAAGUUGUCACCUUUUGUUUU